AUGUCACUUUUUGUAAAAGCAUACAUUCUUCUGAAUUUAAUUGAUAUAAAAACAGUUUUUUCAAAAAACGAAGAUUUUUUGGAUCUUAUUAAUUAUUCUCCACUAAAUGAAGACGAUUCAUUAUUUCCCCUUACUCAUAGGAGUGCACUUUAUGAUCUUCGUUUAGCAUAUCAAUUGCAAAAACUAGAACUUGAAAAUCUCUGGUACAAUUAUAAACAUGAUUAUUAUUAUGUUGCUGCUAUGUUAGCUCCAGGUCGAUUAUCUUAUUGUCAAAAUGACAUGACUAAAAUAUGUACUAAUAUUAAGAAUAUGAAUGAAAGAGUUCAAGGAAUUUGUACAUCUAAAACAAUAUGUAAUCAUGCAUACAAUGAAAUAAUGACAAAGAUAAAAAAAACAGCUCAAGAACUUUCGGACGAAAAAAUAAGUGAACAUGAUAAGUGUAACAAAUUACAAAUGAGAUGUUUUCUUUUCGAGCGCCAUGGUAUGCAGUAUCUUAACGAAAAGUGUAAAAAACUUAAAGAGAGCUGUUAUAAUAAAGUCCGUAUGGAAGUAGCAAGAACACUUCUCUAUGAUAUUUUAAGAGGAACUUCAGGUGAUUCAGGAUCUUGCAUAGGAAGACUAAAAAAUGUAUGCCAAUUACUUAGUCAACAAAGCCCUGAAUUGCUUACUUUGUGUAUGGAUUAUACCAAAGUUUGCAAUGAAUUUAUUUCAUAUUCUCAAGAAGAAUGUAAACAUUUUGGAACUCAAUUUUUAUCAAAACAAGAAAUAAUGACGGAAGAAAAUUGUAUAAAAUGGUUAAAAAUAUGUUAUUAUGUUAUCCCAGAUUGCCAAAAUCUCCACAGUUUAUGUCGUUCAUUUCGAAUAGAAUGUUCUGAAAAAGGCUUUUUCUAUAAUUCAAAAGAGCAUAAUUUUGAUCUUUUUAAAAAUCCAUCUACCGAUCUAGAUGAAACCGAUAUUCAACAUACCUAUGAAAAAUUGCAUGAUUUAGGUAUCCAUGUUACUGGAUUAGAGAAAUAUUCAGAAUUGCAAGUGGCUAACUUUUUGGUUCAAGAAUAUUUGGUUCAAGAAUAUUAUCCAGGAUAUCUGCAAUGUAAAAAAAUAUUUGAUCAGAAAUGUUCAUCGAUACAAUAUUUAGAACCCAUUAAACAGAUGUGCACUUCUAAGGAUUCACGUAACCUCUAUAACGUUUGUCAUGAUAUGUAUGCUGGAACCAGAAACUAUUGCUACUCCCUUCAAAGCAAACUUAAACAAGGUAUCUGGUUUUGGUGGUAUCCAGAUCGCCCUCUUUCAAAAGAAGAAUGCAAAGAAUAUUUAUUAGUAUGUUAUUUUAUGCAUAAAGCUAUCACUUAUUGGCUGAGUUAUGACCUUUGCAAAGAUAUACGACUCGUUUGUUACCAAGCAGGUUUAGAAAGAGCAGCUAAUAUGGCUCUAAUGAAAAAGUUGAAUAGAAAAUUAACAUUAGAAAAUAAUCCUGAAUCUUCAAACAAUCAAAAAAACUGCGAAAAAGUUCUUAUACAAGAAUGCAAGCAUUUUAUGUAUCAUAGUUACUAUAUACUAUAUAGUUGUCUGCACCCAAAAGAAGCAUGUAAAAAUUUAACAACUUUUGUUAACAGUAACUCCAAAGAUUUAGAAAAAAACUUAAAAGAUACUCUCAUGGAUCCUGACUAUGACAAGUGUAAAAAGUAUAAAAAAGAAUGUCAUAAAUUGGAGUUUUAUUUUCAAUCUACUAAAAAGUUAUGCGGAGAACUUAAUACUGCAUGUAAAAAUAUAGAUGAAGCAAUACUAUUAGGAGUAAAUAUACUUAAAAAAGGCUCAGAUUUAUACAAUGAAUCUUCUUGUCUCAAGCAUCUUGCUGAACAUUGUAGACAAAAUAGUUCAUAUUCACAUACAGUCUGUCGUGAUAAAAUAAAAACAUGCAAUCACAUACUCAAGCGUGUUUCAGCAUAUUGUACACAGCUCUCACGCUAUCUAUCACAUUAUGAAGUUUCCAAUAACCAUAUAACUCAUAUCAGUUAUAGUCGUUGUGCUAGUUUCAAAUAUCACUGUAAAUUGCUUAAAAGCAGUUGUCCCGGAUCUUUAAACAACAUAUGUGCUGAAGUUGAGAAAAAGUGUAAUAAUACUUCAACUCAAACUAACGAACUUAAUAAUUUAAUUAAGGCUUUUGGCGAAGGAAUAUCCACUCAUGAAAAAUGUAAGAAAAAAUUACAUAAAAUAUGUGAAAAUUCUACUACAAAACAAAAAAUGAAUAUAUCAUGCACUAAUAUUAAUAAUACAUGCAAGCAUCUAAUAGACCAUUUAGGAAAAAUAUGUCAUGGACUUGCAUUGAAAAUUUUUAAA